AUGCAGUUCCUCCUUCCAGAAUCGAUCAGAUUUGACGGAGGCGUCCGGAGCGACGUUCCGCGCCAUGGCGGCGAGAAGCGCGAUCCCGUUCUCCGCGGCGGCGACGGUGUUGGCGGUGGGAGUAUUCACCACCAGUCAGCCGAACUCGCUGGCGGCCUGGAGAUCUACGUUGUCAAUCCCGACGCCGGCCCUGCCGACGACCUUCAGCCUCUCCUUCGCCGCCUCGAAAACCUCCUGCGUGACCUUGGUCCCGCUCCGCACGAUCAGCGCGACGCAGGACGAGAUCUUCCGGCACAGAUCCUCAGGGGAGAGGCCGUACGAACAGUCCACGUUGCCGAAUCCGCGAAGGAGAUCCAAUCUGGCGUCCUCCAGUUUCUCGGAGACGAGGAUGGUCAUUUCUGUCUCUAA